CGACAGAUGUCAGAAUCUAGACGCUUUGUCAGUCCUCAUCCCUUUCCUUCAUAGAAGUCCCCGAAGAAGAAACGUUACAAGAAAAAAUCUUCAAACUGUUAAUUUUAUUAACUGAACAAUAUUCUUCAUCCAUCGUCUAAUUACACACACAUAUAUAUAUAGAGGGGGUUUGACGAGUGGUGAUCCCACUGUGUUUUUGAUUCUUUCAAUCUGAGGGUUUCGAAGAUGCUUUCGUUGCAGAGCGAUGCUCGCAAUUUCGAUCUUCUGCAGCUGCAGAAUCAGUCGCAGCUUUCCUUCAACGCUGUCGAUGAAUCUCUCGAUUUGAACUUGGACUCCUCGUCCAAAUUCAAACCUUUCAUCAAUGCCCCUCCUGAUUCUAUUGAAGAAGAAGAUGUCCAUUUGGGGCUUGCACAUCAGAUGUACAAGGCUGGCAAUUACAAACAAGCACUAGAUUGCAGCAAUGCCGUUUAUAAGAAAAACCCGCUUAGAACUGAUAAUCUUCUUCUUCUUGGUGCAAUUUAUUAUCAGCUGCAUGAUUUUGAUAUGUGCAUUGCCAAAAAUGAGGAAGCUCUAAGAAUAGAGCCAAAUUUUGCUGAAUGCUUUGGAAACAUGGCAAAUGCUUGGAAGGAGAAAGGCAAUAUUGAUCUUGCAAUUCGCUACUAUUUGAUUGCCAUUGAGCUUCGACCAAAUUUCUGUGAUGCUUGGUCAAACUUAGCCAGUGCAUAUAUGAGAAAAGGAAGACUUAAUGAGGCAGCCCAAUGUUGUCGUCAGGCGCUUUUAUUAAAUCCUCUUUUGGUUGAUGCUCAUAGCAACCUUGGGAAUUUGAUGAAAACACAAGGCUUGGUCCAAGAAGCUUACAGUUGCUACCUCGAGGCUUUACAUAUACAACCAACUUUUGCUAUUGCAUGGUCAAACAUUGCUGGUCUUUUCAUGGAGUCCGGUGAUCUUAACAGAGCCCUUCAAUAUUAUAAGGAAGCAGUAAAACUUAAACCCACAUUUCCUGAUGCUUACCUAAACCUUGGGAAUGCUUAUAAGGCUUCAGGAAUGCCUCAAGAGGCUAUUGUUUGUUAUCAGCGUGCUCUUGAGACUCGGCCAGACUACGCAAUGGCUUUUGGUAGUUUAGCGAGUAUAUAUUAUGAGCAAGGCCAGAUGGAUUCGGCCAUCCUCCAUUACAAGCAAGCCAUUUCAUGUGAUCCCAGAUUUUUGGAGGCAUACAAUAAUUUGGGUAAUGCACUGAAAGAUGCGGGCAGAGUAGAUGAAGCAAUCCAAUGCUAUCAUCAAUGUCUUUCAUUACAACCAAACCACCCGCAAGCACUUACUAACCUUGGGAACAUUUAUAUGGAAUGGAAUAUGAUGACUGCUGCUGCUACAUAUUACAAGGCAACAUUUGCCGUGACAACAGGGUUGUCUGCUCCUUUCAGCAAUCUAGCAUUAAUUUAUAAACAGCAGGGAAACUAUGCUGAUGCCAUAACUUGCUAUAAUGAAGUUCUCCGCAUCGAUCCAUUGGCAGCUGAUGGGCUUGUCAAUCGGGGAAACACCCUCAAAGAGAUUGGUAGAGUAAGUGAGGCAAUUCAGGACUACGUACGUGCAAUUACCAUCCGGCCAACAAUGGCUGAAGCACAUGCCAAUCUCGCUUCAGCUUAUAAAGACAGUGGACAUGUGGAGGUGGCUAUAAAAAGUUAUACACAGGCAUUGCUUUUACGCCCUGACUUUCCUGAAGCAACGUGUAACCUUCUGCACACACUACAGUGUGUCUGCAGUUGGGACAAACGAGAGCAGUUGUUCACUGAAGUUGAAGGGAUUAUCAGGAGACAGAUUAAGAUGUCAGUUCUUCCUAGUGUGCAACCUUUUCAUGCAAUUGCAUAUCCGAUUGAUCCAGUACUUGCUCUUGAAAUUAGCUGUAAAUAUGCAGAGCACUGCUCCUUCAUUGCAUCCCGUUUUGCACUUCCUCCGUUCAGUCAUCCCACCCCAAUACCCAUAAAGAGUGAAGGUGGAAAUCAGAGACUUAGGGUUGGAUAUGUUAGCAGUGACUUUGGUAAUCACCCCUUGUCACACCUUAUGGGGUCUGUAUUUGGCAUGCACAACAACGAAAAUAUUGAGGUUUUCUGUUAUGCUUUGAGUCCGAAUGAUGGCACUGAGUGGAGGCAGCGUAUCCAGACUGAAGCUGAGCACUUUGUAGAUGUCUCUGCCAUGACAGCAGAUAUGAUUGCCAAAUUGAUAAAUGAAAAUAAUAUACAGAUCCUAGUCAAUCUUAAUGGUUACACCAAGGGGGCCAGAAAUGAAAUAUUUGCUAUGAAGCCUGCACCUAUUCAGGUUUCAUACAUGGGGUUCCCUGGGACCACUGGGGCAGCUUUCAUAGAUUACUUGGUCACUGAUGAGUUUGUUUCACCUUUGCAUUCUGCGCAUAUUUACUCUGAAAAGCUUGUCCAUCUUCCACACUGCUAUUUUGUAAAUGACUAUAAACAGAAAAAUCUGGAUGUGUUAGAUCCGAACUGCGAUCACAAGCGAUCUGAUUAUGGUCUGCCUGAAGAUAAAUUUAUUUUUGCAUGCUUCAACCAGCUGUACAAGAUGGACCCUGAAAUCCUCGAUACUUGGUGCAAUAUACUUAAACGGGUACCCAAUAGUGCAAUUUGGCUUCUCAGAUUCCCGGCUGCAGGCGAAAUGAGACUUCGUGCAUAUGCUUUUGCACGGGGGGUACAGACAGAACAAAUUAUUUUCACAGAUGUUGCCAUGAAAAGUGAGCAUAUCAGACGGAGUGCUUUAGCUGAUCUAUUCUUGGACACGCCUCUAUGCAAUGCGCACACCACUGGAACAGAUAUUCUAUGGGCUGGUUUACCAAUGGUGACACUGCCCCUUGAGAAAAUGGCUACCAGAGUUGCUGGCUCACUAUGUCUUGCCACUGGAGUGGGGGAAGAUAUGAUUGUUACCAGUUCCACAGGAGCACCAUUGGAUAAGCUUCGAUUGAUCGAUGUGUCGAUGAUGCUUUCAGGAUUUCAAACCUUCAGCUCUGUCAUCCCACCAAUUGAUCGACCAUUUGAUCCAUACUUUGGGACCUUACUCGAUGGUAUGAAGGAAUAUGAAGAGAAGGCAGUGUCUUUGGCGCUGAAUCGCCCAAAGCUCCAGGCUCUUACAAGCAAACUAAAGGCAGCCCGUUUGAGUUGUCCCCUAUUCGACACUACACGCUGGGUGAUGAAUCUGGACAGGGCUUACUUCAAGAUGUGGAAUCUUCAUUGCUCAGGCCAGUGUCCCCAGCAUUUCAAGGUUACCGAAAAUGACGCGGACUUCCCUUAUGACAGAUAGGAAGAAAUAGAGGAGAUUGGUUUGUACAUAAAAAGGAAGAGAAAUUUGUAUCAAUGUUAUACUUGCGAGGUUUGUUAGUUACUCAAAUGAUGAAUUGUGAUGUGUGUAUGAAUAUAUUGCUUCAAUAGAACUGUUUUUAUUAUUAUUAA